GUCUGUGAGUACCUGUUUGUACCCCUGUGUGCACACCUGUGUAUGUGAGCGCGCUGGUGUUCAAAAGGUUUCUCCAUGUAAAUGUCUAGUAGUGUGUGUGGGGAGCCACAGCCCCAUCCCUCAGGACAUGAAGCAGACACGGAGGAGACCCCAGACAUCCAGAGGCCCUCCAGGGCAUGGGAGCCCCCGGAGGACCACCGCAGGGAGAAUAGCAGCCCCUCACCCAGAAAAGGGCAGAGGAGAGCUCUGGAGGGAGGCCAUCCGGCAGCCACAGUGCAGGAGCCCCAGGGGGCUGUGGCGGGGAGCCUGCAGGCUCUGCCGGCGGCCGGCCCCACCAGGGCAGACCAGGCCCUGGGCCCAGAGAUCCAAGGGCCCCCCACUGCUGGGGGCAAGGGCCCAACAGAGCCAGGAGGGCCAGAUCCCGCCAGGCAACUGCCAAGGGCGAGCCAGCACCCACCCAAGCACCCAGCCCCGGAAAUCGAGAACCACCAACGCACCAGCUGCCGGGGGCCCCAUCCUCCAGCAGGGAGUGUAGCGGGGGGGAAUAGAGCCCGAGAUGUUAUUUCGGUGGAGUCUAGGACCCAACCUGACACGUGUGUAUAGACAAACAGGCACACACAUAUACAAGCAUACGUUCCCACCCUCAUGCACACAUAAACAAAUAUUUACACAUUCACCCAACAUAGACACACAGAAAUGAACGCUGUACACAUACUCUCACUCCCCAUAUAUACUCUAUGUGGACCCCAUUUUUUUUCCUCUGGCGAGGAGACCAGAAGACCACCCCAGACCCCACAGCAGCCGAGAAGCCCACCAGCCCAGACCCUGAUCAGACGGCCAGCUCUUCCUCUCUCAGCCCCCAGUCCCAAAUGGCGAACAGAGAAUGGGGGUGUGAAAAGACCCCAUGCCCCCCUUCGCCCGCUCAGAUGUGGUGUUGGUGCGUGUUGUUCUAAAGUGCUUUUAAAACAGGUGAAGGGCAUGACGCUAACCACCCCCUGCCGACCAACAGUUGGUGUUAGCUCGGCCCCUCCCCAGAGCCCUCAGUGUCUAUGUGUGAUUAAAAUUGAGAUGUGGGCCCUGGCACCAGAGGUAAGGCUGAAUGAACAGACCGCCCUCUGGUUGCCAUACUGUGUGCCCACCCCCAAGGCCCUAAAUGUAUGUGUCAUGAGAGAGUCAGUAAUGAGAGUGUCUAAGUUGUGAUGUAUGAUUGAGAUACAGGUGGUCGCGAGCGGACAGAGGAGGGAUACCUCCCCUGUAUCCCAGCAACGCACCUGCACCUCAAAGCCCUACGUGUGUGGUGGUGUGAUGGAGCGGGAGGAGGGAGGCACUUCGGGAUGGGGAGGAAAGGAAUGGGGGGGGGGCAAGUUCCCCCCCUCUGGAGCCAGCUCCCCCGCUCCACUUUUACUUUUAAGAUGUACUGUUUGAUGACUAAAUUGUUUGUGAUUGUGUGUGUGUGUGUGUGUGUGUGUGUGUGUGUGUGGAUUAGGUUUGUAUUAGAUUGUGGGGACCAAAUGUCCCCCACAAUGUUAUAAAAACCUUUUUACAUUGGGGGACCAUUUUUCAGGUCUCCACAAAGAUCUGUGACACAAGAAAGUGAAAAUGCCAAAAGUCUUGCAUUUUAUUUGGAUAUUUAUGGUUAAGGUUAGGGCUGGGUUGGAGUUUUCCCCAUAGAAGUGAAUGGAGAGUCCCCACAAAGAUAUAGUUGCAAUCCUAUGUGCGUGUGUGCAUGUGUGUGUGCAAGGGAAUGUCAUCCCAUCCAGGUUGAAUCUGCCCUGUCAUCUUGCCUACAAUAGGCUCCAGGCUCUCUGUGACCCUGAUCAUUAUAAACAGAUGGAUGGAUUAUGGAUGGACCCAGAUUACUCUUAGUGCUGUGAGCCCCCGGCAAUGGACUGGCAUCAUGUCCAGGGUGUCCCUGCCUUGUGCCCUGUGUCUGCUGGGAUCAGAUCCAGGCCAAAUGUGACCCUGCCCUAAAUAACUGAUGGACUGAAAACAUGCAGUUUAAAAGCACUAAGGGCUAUUACAGUACCUGACGUUUGUGUGAAAGAAGAAACAAACUGGUAUAAUAUCUGAUUGUGCAUUUACAUUGUGCUGGCGAUGCAUGUUGUGAAACCGGUUAGGAAAGGACAGAAUGGCAUCUCUUAUCACAGCUUUCAGAAAAAGUGAAUAGUGACAGAAUAGUGCAAAGGCAAUCGUAUCACUUGCAUAAGUGAAAUUUCCUCACUAAUACAGACCUAUACAGCAGGACAUUUUGACAUACUGUCUGUGUGUCCUCUAUGCAUGUAUAUGAAUGUAUACACAAUGAAUACGAAAUUAAAUGUGUAUGGUAAUAAAAUGUUUUGCUUAAAAAACUCCAUUGAUGUAAUUUUAAACAUUAUCAAACCCCAAAAUACUCCUCUAGCCAGAGAGUUAUUUAAUAAAAUUGCAAGCCUCAAAUGUCCUCAGUCUUUAAACUUAACACCAGUUGUGCAACUCACUUUUCUUAGGCGAUGGGACAUUUAAAAAGAACAUAAUAUUUUGAAACUGCACUGGCAUAGAAGUAAAAUCUUACAUGUAAAGGCAAAUCAUGUUGUUAAAAUUAUCGCAUUAAAUAUUGCAUUAAACCUGACUUUCCUCAGAAUACAAGAAUAGGAUAAGACAUUAACUCCACUAUCCGUUAAAACCCAGUCAUGAUCGGUUUCACCUCUUAAGUUUCAGGGUUUUUUUUCCCUGUGAGCAGUGCAUCCCCGUACAGCUGAACUCCAGUAGCCCUGUAGACAUUGUGGUUGUCACAGAACAGGCUCAGCCGCAUUACAGGCAGUUUAGCCCAUUGUCUAGAGCAUUGUUUCCAAAUCUGGUCCUUGGGAACCCACAGCUGGUCCAUGUUUUUGCUCCCUGCCAGACAGUCCACAUUUUUGCUCCCUUUCAGCUCCUUGAAGUCCCCAUGGGGUCCCUGAGGACUGGAUUGGGAAACACUGACAUAGAGGCAUGGAGUGCUACAGACAGACAUGUUGUGGGUUCAUUUCCAAAGUGCAUUUCUCUCUUUUUCAACAGCUAAAUGCUAGUAAGUUUUCAGUGCAUAGCACAUGUCUGCAAGGCCUAUCGAGCCUCCGGAUGACCCAAGGCGCCACUUGCAGUCUUUUAACAUUUUUUUUUCUGUGUCUAAGCAGAUCUGGGAGAUCCUGUUGGGCCAGCAGUGUUAGUAUCAUCAUCAUUAACUUGUUAACAAAGUAACUAAUGUGAAAGUUUUUAACACAGAACAGAACACAGAACACUUUAUUUGCAGUGUAUACAAACAUAACAGAAUGGCUGUUGUUUAGUGUCAGACAUCAAGGAGAAAAUUACAAGACAUUUAGUAUAAACACUUCACUGAAUGAUAUGCACAAAAUGAAAUAUGGAAUAUAAGUCAAUAUAUUUAUAUCAAUAUACAGAAAACAGUACAAAGACAUCUUUAAAAGAAUACAUACAUUCUUUCCCUGUUACUCAGACAUGUUCCUAUUAUAUGUCAGAAGCCUCCUGACUGAAUCAUUUAGUCACGUAUUUCCAAAGCUUCAAUAUGGUGAAUGAAUCUGAAUAUUAAUGUCAGUCUGGGUGCCCCCAGGUAGGACAAAAACUGGCCGCUCGUUCACUUCACCCGUUAGCAUGUUCUUUUUAAGAUGAUGCCUAACCCUGCUCACGUUCCCAUUUUCAGAUUAAUUUAUCUGCUUUACUCUGGUUUUGUUUCAUCCAGCUGAUUUUGUCGAAACUGUCUCCCCUCUUCGCCACAAAGGAAGUCUCCAGUACAUCUUCCCUUCCCUGUGUCACAUAUGCUCAGCAACUUUCUUCUUAGUGUUGAGGGUCUGGUUCCUUUGUGAAAGAAACAUCUUUCCUGUUCCUUGGGAAAGCUACAUCGUCAGAGCUGCAGCUGUUUGCAUGCCAGACAGCCCCACACCACAACGCUAGAAAAUGUACAUGAAGUUCGCUGGAGAAGAAAAUGUCUCACUGUCACUGACAUUUCUGGGGAAGAAAAUUCACAGCCGCAUUGACCCAGCUUUUAAACCAAGUGCCAGGGAAACCACAGCUCCUCCUUCUAACCUGGAAGCUUCUAUGCCAGGCUCUGGGCCUGGUCAUUCCCAGCAUCGGAUUUCAGGCCCUGAAGAACUUCCUGGCAGCGUCCCACACCUUGGAGAAUCCGUGCCACUGCAAUUGCAGUGCACUGUUCACAGCACACACCUAGACAAAGACACUGACUCAGACACGUGGCUGAAGAAAAACAAGGUUGGGUGGAAUGUCUUUAAGCAAUGGAUCAGAGCGGACAGGAAGAUUGGCCGGCAAGGACAAACGGCACGUCAUGUUAUGAGAGCCAGAGAGGAACCCCAGAGUCAACGUGAUGAAGAAGAUGCUAGUUUCAAAAUAUUCAUUCCCUAUGAUUCAGCCAAGCUGUGUGUCACUCAGAUCAUAGAAGACAUGGAAUUUAUAAAAAGAAGACAUUUGGAAAUUGUCAACGAACUUGAAGAGAGCUACGUAAAAGCAUCAAAAAACAAUCAGGAAAAAAUGAUCCAAAAGGUCAAUGCUCAUUACCAAAAUAAGCUCAUCUCCUUAAGGAGAAUGAUGGACGUAUACCAGGAGAUGGCCAAGAAGAAAAAUAUUUACUGUGAAGAAAGAAUAAAGACCCUAAAAAACCUCAACCAAAAACAUGUGGAAGAUAAAACAGCUCUUCAAGAGAAGAACCAGGCAGAUGCUGCCAAAUGGGAAAGAGAAAAGCUGGAAAUGCUUGAGCUCUUUUCCACAAGAUUAGACCUGCUCCACAAGCACCAGGCAUCCACUUUGCAGGAGCUUCAGAUGGCCAGGGAGGAACUGGGGAGUAUCCAGGAGAUGCUGAAGCCCACAUGUCCCAGUGAGGAGACCAAUGUGACCCCUGUGAUGAGAACCGACUUAUUACAGCCAGAGACAGAAGAUGGCGGAGAGAGUCAAAGUUGUUGCGGUAGCGGCGAGUUAACACUAGAGGGAGCACAAGCCCGUCUGGAAACGCUGAAGGAGAACCUGUACAAACGAGAGAGGGAGAUCACUGAGCUGCUUCAAGGAGAACGAGAGAAGGAGAGGGAACAGACACUUAUUACAGCAAUACGAAUCCCAUGUGCUGCCUUACUCAGAACAAUUAUACAAAAGGCCCAUGAUAUUUACCAGAACGUGGCUGAAGCAAAGAUUCUGGUUGACCAUAUGGCAGAAGACAAUGGUCUGGAAUUAGCGCAAGCCAAGGAGGUGGCUGACCAAGAGCAGAUGACUGCAACAAAUCACGGACACCGGGGAGAGGACGAGACAGAGUGGGAAAGUCUAACUGAGGAACAGCAGAGAUGUACUUUGUUACAGAAAACUGAAGCCAUACACAUUGCCUUGGAAUGUAUCAAGAAAGGAUUAAUUCCUUCAUUCUCAGAUGGUGCCUGGAAGCUUGAACACAGUUGCAGUGGGAUGGAUGAAGAGCAUUGUCAGGUUCUUGAGAACAACAAUUUCAGAAUAAAAAGUUUGGGUCAACAGCUCUUACAGCUACAAACUGAGUUGAAACAAGCCAGAGAAGAGACUAAAAGGAUAACUGAAAAUUACAACUCCGAAAGAACAAUGAGGAAAAAAUAUUUUAAUAUGGUGGAAGACAUGAAAGGGAAAAUCAGAGUGUUUUGUCGCAUAAGACCCAUGAGCGAGGUUGAAACAAGCUGUGGAAGUGUCCCUGUCGUUGACUGCCUGGACGAUUACUCAGUCACAGUGGAAACUUCACGGGGCUUGAAGGAGUUCCAGUUUGAUAGAGUUUUCAACCCCACAAGUUCACAGGAAGACGUCUUCCAGGACAUAAGCAGGCUUAUUCAGUCUGCGAUAGAUGGGUAUAACGUCUGUAUCUUUGCAUAUGGACAAACAGGCUCAGGAAAAACCUUCACGAUGGUCGGCGACAAAGAUCUGAAGAACCCAGGAAUCACACCGCGCACGUUUAGAGCAAUAUUUCACAUCACACAGGAAAACAGCUCCAAGUUUGAUUUCAAGGUCUCCAUGUGUAUGCUGGAACUAUACAAUGAACGCCUGCUGGAUCUCUUCGUCAGUCCUGUCGAUGCACUCGGUAAAAGAAUAGAAAUUAAGAAGGACAGAAGGGGACUUGUGAUCGCUCACGGAGCGGAGACGAAGGACGCAGCCAGUGCCGAGGAGCUUCUGGCUCUGUUUGAACAGGGCUGUUGUAACCGACACAUUGCAGCCACAAAAAUGAACAUGGAGAGUUCCCGCUCUCAUCUAAUCGUUGGAAUCACCGUGGAGAGCAGGAACCACACCAAUGGCUGUGUAAGCUAUGGGAAGUUGAGCCUGGUCGACCUGGCAGGAAGUGAGCGGGCAGCGAAGACGGGAGCCAAGGAUGACCAGCUGAAGGAGGCAAAUUCCAUCAACAAGUCCUUGAGUGCUCUGGGUGAUGUCAUAUCUGCUCUGUCUACAGAGCAAGUUUAUGUCCCUUACCGGAACAACAAGUUAACCCAGCUCAUGCAGGACUCUCUGGGGGGAAAUGCCAAAACACUCAUGUUCGUCAACAUCUCCCCCGCCAGCUGCAAUACUGAGGAGAGUCUUACCUCGUUAAGCUAUGCAACACGAGUUAAAGCAAUAACCAAUACAGCUCAAAAAAAUUCAGAGAGCAAGGAGAUAGCGCAUCUCAAAGAGAUCAUUCUGAAGUUAAAAUCGGGACAACCAGUGGACGACGAUGUGUGAUUGUAUACGUUCAGUGGCGGAAACACAAAUACUGUGCAUGAAAAACACAUGUAAGGUGCUUUUCCUGCUUUCCUGUGAAAAUAAACAAUAGCAAGUGUAA